CGUUAUAUGGCCCUGUUUCACAGGGUAUAAAGCAGGGGUCAUCACAGCUCAGAUUCCAUAGGACAGCCUUAGAGUGGCUCAGGAAAGCAUCAAUAGGUUCAGGUUCAACACAUAUCUUGUUAGCUUUGGUCCAGUCCAACAGAUCUGUAUCCUGCAUGACCAUAAGAGGUUGCAGCAAGGUGACGGAUCUCAUUGAAAGAGUAGAGUGCACAGCUGCUUCUAUCUGGCAUUGAGAGACAUCUGAUGGAGAGGAAAAUCAGUGGCGGUGGGGAGUUCGUCAACCAAGCUUUUGACAGCACAGGUGACAAUGAGACAUCGUUUUCCGGAAAUGGCAACGGCGUCUCCAACGGGGACCACCGGGCGGUGCGUGCCUCCGUGGUGAGCGCCUUCGGUCACGACACCUUGGACCGCGUUCCCCACAUUGAUCUCUAUCGCAACGCCGGAAGCAUCAGCGGACACCGGGCUGUGAGACCUUCUCUGCAGGAGCUGCACGAUGUCUUCCAGAAGGGUGGCGAUAUCUCAGUGCCGGACACGUUGGCGGACGACGAGGAGAGCAGCGAAGGGUUCCCGUCAGAUGACCUGGAGUCGGCUGUCCCUGUUGAAAAGAAAAAAGGAGGCCCAAUAAAAUUUGGUUGGAUAAAGGGGGUCUUGGUGCGAUGCAUGCUGAACAUCUGGGGUGUCAUGCUGUUCAUCCGUCUGUCCUGGGUGUUUGGUCAGGCCGGCUGGGGCCUUGGGAUUGUUGUUAUUCUCUUGAGCUGUGUGGUAACCACCAUCACUGGCCUUUCCAUGUCUGCUAUUUGUACGAACGGAAUUGUCAGAGGAGGAGGAGCCUACUACUUGAUAUCUCGCAGCUUAGGACCAGAAUUUGGAGGCUCCAUCGGUUUGAUCUUUGCGUUUGCCAAUGCGGUGGCCGUAUCUAUGUAUGUGGUUGGAUUUGCAGAGACUGUGGUUCAGCUUCUCAUAGACUAUGAUUCCAUCAUGGUGGAUCCGUUGAAUGACAUCAGGAUCAUUGGCUGUAUCACAGUGGUGUUGCUCCUGGGCAUAUCAUUAGCUGGUAUGGCAUGGGAAGCCAAGGCCCAGAUUGUUCUGCUCGUUAUCUUGUUGGCGGCCAUUGUCAACGUGUUUGUGGGAACCUUCAUCCCGGCCACCGAAACUAAGAAAACACAAGGCUUCUUCAACUAUCAAGCAAACAUAUUCAUGGAAAACUUUACACCAGAUUUCCGAGGACCAGAGUCCUUUUUCUCAGUUUUUGCCAUCUUCUUCCCUGCUGCCACUGGCAUUCUUGCCGGAGCCAACAUCUCUGGAGACUUGAAGGAUCCUCAAGCAGCCAUUCCUAAGGGCACCUUGUGGGCCAUUUUGAUCACGGGUAUCACUUACCUCGCAGUAGCCCUCAGUGUCUCUGCCUGUGUUGUCCGUGAUGCCACUGGAAACAUGACUUCCUUUAUCAACACCACGUUCAUGCCAGCAGAGGAUUGCAAUGGUCCUUCAGUGGCUGCCUGUGAACUGGGGUACAACUUCUCCUCCUGUGUUACAAACCCAGAUUCCUGCAAGUUUGGCUCGAUGCAUAACUUCCAGGUGAUGACCAUGGUCUCAGGGUUUGGUCCCCUCAUCAUCGCCGGAACAUUCUCAGCCACCCUAUCCUCUGCCCUUGCUUCACUAGUCAGUGCUCCCAAAGUCUUCCAGGCACUAUGCAAGGACAACAUCUACACAGCACUGCAUUUCUUUGCUAAGGGAAGCGGCAAGAACAACGAGCCCAUCCGCGGCUACGUCCUCACCUUCUUAAUCUCUGUUGCCUUCAUUCUCAUAGGCGACCUGAACGUUAUCGCUCCCAUCAUUUCCAACUUCUUCUUGGCCUCCUACGCUCUCAUCAACUUCUCCUGCUUCCACGCCUCCUACGCCAAGUCUCCAGGCUGGCGCCCGGCAUACAAAUUCUACAACAUGUGGCUGUCGCUGGUGGGUGCGGUGUUAUGCUGUGUUGUCAUGUUUGUCAUCAACUGGUGGGCCGCGCUCCUCACCUACGGCAUCGAGAUCCUUCUGUACAUCUACGUCACCGUCAAAAAGCCCAACGUGAACUGGGGUUCGUCCACCCAGGCGGUGACCUUUGUCAGCGCGGUCAGCAAUGCCCUGUCUCUGUCUGGCAUCGAGGAACAUGUGAAAAACUUCAGGCCUCAGAUCAUUGUCCUCACUGGCUCGGUACGCACUAGACCGGCUCUCCUGGACCUGGCUCACUCCUUAUCCAAGACCUAUGGACUCUGUCUUACCUCUGAAGUCUUUGUGGGCCCAAGGUGGAAGGUGCUUCAGGAGAUGAACGCUGGCAUGGAGAAGAACCAACUAUGGCUUCAUAAAAACAAACGCAAAGCCUUCUACACUGCAGUGGCCAGCGAUGACUUCAGGCAAGGGGCAGACGCCCUACUGCAGAGCUCUGGUCUGGGCCGCUUGAAGCCUAACAUCCUCAUGAUGGGCUUCAAAAGAGACUGGAGGAGCGCCGACACUCAGGCCAUCAAGAACUAUGUGGGAGUUCUCCACGAUGCAUUUGACUUUGAGUACGGCACUCUGGUGCUCAGAGUGCCCCAGGGUCUGGACAUGUCUCAGUUCGUAGAGGAAGAAGAGGAAAUGAUGAAAGCUGCGAAGGAGCAAGAGGCUCAGGAGAAGGAGGUCAUGUCCAAUGGAGUGAAAGGAAAGGGAAGGUUCAGGAAAUCGAAGAACUCAUCUCAACAAGUGCUCACCACCAGAGUAUCAGUGUGCAGCCCUCCACCACCACAGGAGGCCAAGAUUAAUGAUAUGCUAUUGGAGGCAAGCACUCAGUUCCAGAAGAAACAGUCCAAAGGCACCAUUGACGUGUGGUGGUUGUUUGAUGACGGCGGUCUGACCCUGCUGCUGCCGUACAUUCUCACCACCAGGAAGAAGUGGAAGGACUGUAAAUUGAGGAUCUUUGUUGCCGGGCAACCUGGACGCACUGAGCAGGAUAAAGAGGACAUGAAGACCCUGUUGAUCAAAUUCCGAAUUAACUGCAGUGACAUCAAUGUCAUCGACGACCUUCACAUCGGCCCCAAAUCAGAUAACUGGAAGGCAUUUGAAGACAUGAUUGAACCGUUCCGUCUGCACGAGGGUGGCAAAGACAAGGCCCGCAGUGAAGCAUUGCGAGAAGAAUCGCCCUGGAUGAUCACAGACGAAGAGCUCAGCAGCUUCGAAGAAAAGACUAACCUGCAGGUGCGCCUGAAUGAGCUUCUCUGGGAGAAGUCAAGUUCGGCUAACCUCAUCAUAGUGAGCAUGCCUAUUGCCCGCAAGGAGUCUGUCUCUGAUCAUCUCUACAUGGCUUGGCUGGACACUCUGACCAAGAACCUCCCUCCCACACUACUCAUCCGAGGAAACCACAAGAGUGUCCUCACCUUCUACUCCUGAGCGGGAGGGAGAGGACAACGGCAGACAACCUUGCUAAAAUUUAAUUUUUGAAAGGACAUUGUGGUCGGUUUCAUUUUAAGGGAACUUGUGCCAGAACAGACUCAAAAUGCAGAAACAUUUACAACAUGACUUUAGUGAUGUUAAUUUCUGGAGUGGUCGGCUAUCUGAAUGCAUGGAAUAGGUUUCAAUGCUUACAAAGUAGGCAAAUAAAAAUCUAGAGUUGGUAAUGCUUUUUCCCCUAGCGAGGCCACAAUAUAAUAAAACAGUCUAGUUAUGUACAAUUCCACCAUACCUGGGCAUGUUGUUGGUUGGCAAAAUGGCAGGUCACUGCUAUCAAAACAUUUUAUAACUGUAAAAUAAAAGCAUUAAUAUAGAGUAUAUCAAUGCAUGUUUAGUAUUUUUGAUAGUAAAGAAUGAAUAUGGAAAACUCACAGGUGUUGGGUAUAUGCUGAUUUCUGUCAUUAGGCCAUACGAAAGUAUGCACUUUUGUUAUUGUUUGACAUGCAUAGUGUGUUGCUGUAUUAUAAAGCCGUUUAUCUAUUUCAUAUGAAUGUCUAAAUAUUACAAAGGGUACGCUAUUCAUUUUUUACCUAUAGCAUAACAUACUCCUUUGGGUUAAUGAAAAUUGCUUAAUUGUCUGUAUAUUUUUAAUUCAGAAUUAUAUGUCUUAUUAAAUGUGAUCAUUUGAUUCAAAGAAUAAUUAAAAUAUUGUCUUCUUA